AACAGCUCUGUGUUAGGCCACUUUAUAGUAGUAGCAAAGAUGCCAAAUUGGGAACUCAGAAACUGUUGUAAUCAUGAGCAAGUCGUCUUCUUAACCACCAUAGGCAUCUUCACUGUGGUGGUCCUCGCGCUAUGGAGGACAAUAUUGUUGACACCUUUCAAGCUCAUCACUGUCUUUCUUCACGAAGCAAGCCAUGCUAUAGCUUGUAAACUAACAUGUGGUCAUGUGGAAGGGAUCCAGGUUCAUGCAAAUGAAGGUGGAGUAACACAAACACGUGGUGGUGUUUAUUGGUUGAUUUUGCCAGCCGGAUAUCUUGGUUCGUCAUUUUGGGGAAUGGUUUUUAUACUGGCUUCUACAAAUCUUCUAACUGCAAGAAUUGCUGCUGGAUGUUUUGGUGUUGCUUUGCUCAUUGUACUCUUUGUUGCUAAAAAUUGGACACUUCGAGGGCUCUGCAUUGGAUUCAUCAUUUUCCUUGGCAUAAUUUGGGUUUUGCAAGAAACAACAAAGAUCCGUAUUCUGCGGUACAUCAUUCUGUUCAUUGGCGUAAUGAACAGCUUGUUUUCAGUUUAUGAUAUAUAUGAUGAUCUUAUAUCUCGAAGAGUUCAUACUAGUGAUGCUGAAAAGUUUGCAGAACUUUGUCCUUGCCCCUGUAAUGGUGUAGCAUGGGGAGUCAUUUGGGGGUUAAUAUCAUUUAUGUUUCUCUGUGGAGCCAUGUAUCUUGGACUCGUCAUCAUGUCUUGAGGUUCAAGAAUUGUGGUUCAAAUGAUGCAUGUCACCAGAUAUUAUUUCAUCUUGGAUAGAUUGGAACUAUAAGGACAGUACUUGUGGCCAGCACCAUAUAGCAGGAUAAAGUUUGGUUGAUCAAGAUUAUUCUUCCCAAGUACCUGAUUAUUAUUUUUCCUGAUUUGAGUUCACAUAUUCCCAAUUUCACAUUUUUUAUCUGUGAAUUCAUCUAGCAGUGAAUUUAUAACAAAUUCUU